AGUUUAGGGUUUUGUUUGAAUAUGUUCGAGACACUUACGAGUCAAAAGUGAAUGGUAUUCGAUUCAACCUCGCAAACUGAGCUCAACGCUUCAACGCUGUUAGCUCAAUAAGGAAUUAUCAAAUGAUAAUGAAAUACUCCAAACACAUGAUUGAUUCAGGCGUCAGCAUAAGCGGGGGAGGGUGUGGGCGAUUGUCCGUUCACGACUCACGUCAAGACGAGAGUCGUUUGCUGCUUAAUCAAUGUUUAGUGUUUACUUGUUAUUUACAUGCGACUUACAGUCUUGAGUUAGUACACUCGCACAUUCCAUACAAGUCGGUCGACGGCGGUUUGUGAUAUAGUGUUGAGAGGCAAGAUUCGUGAAGUGCAGUUAAUGUGAAACUUCAUUUUGUUGAUGUUUGCAUGUAUGUUUCAAGUGCGUUGGCGUGAGACAGAUGUUUACAUAAGCUACUAUGAAAUAAAAUGAAACUUAGAUCUUGCGGCAAAGCUCUAGAGGAGGUGCGUUUGCUUCUGUAUAAAGAGAGUGAGAGGAGUGGAAGAAAAGUGCUUUUUGAUUCUACAACAAUAGAAAAAUUACCAGCUACCAAUGAUGACAAACCUGACUAUGGGAAAACAAAUAGAUUCCCAUGUAUUGUGGAGGUGUCAGAGGGGUUCUCUUACUUGUACAAGGGUCCGGCGAGCGACGCAGGAACCCUCGGUGAGAUGAUAUUCGGCGCCGUCGCUAUGAACUGCAAAAGCGUCUCCUUGAAGAUACACAUUAUGAACGACCCCAAAAGAUUGAUGUGCACGAAAGUGUUUGGCGUGCCAACGUCGCGACGGAUAAGUCACAUGGACCGCAGAACGGACGCAAACAGCUUCUCCAGCGUUGGGAUGGAGGCGUCUUCUCCACUCAACGUUCCGCUGGCCGACGGAGUCUCUAUGAGCUUCUCGAUAGAUAGGAAUGAUUCAGGAUUCUAUGGAGGUCAAUCGUGUAGUACAAUAGGAUCAACCGUGGACUUGUACACAAUGUUCGAUGCUUGGGACGGCAACGUGCAUGAGGGAUAUUCUUUUACUUCCACGGAUCGCAUGAGCUCGUCAAGUAGCGACAGUGGGCAUCGUCGAGCUCUGCAGAGCAUGGCAACUAGAUUCGAUCUCACACCGAACUCUUCGUCCGCGAGAGUGCCCACCAUGUCUACUGUGUCUGGCGGGGACUCACAGGUAUACACCAGCAGUUCAACAAAUGGCACAAGUGACAGUCUCACCAGUUCAUCAUCGGUCGCUGCCAGGCGCAGCAAGCUGGGGUUAGCUCUUCUCAUCACAGUUGAUCAGUCUGCGGAUAUGGACGUGAUCCGUCACUGCGUGGAACAUUCCAGUCAGCUCCAGUCUCUGUUGUGUCGACUUCGGUUGGCGACCCUCACGGCUGGCUCGGGCACUAAGUUCGUGUCCACGUUAUGCAAGGCGACCAGUGAUGCCGCGAAGUGGUUGUCAGACCUCAUGUUCGGGAGCCACGUUCAGCCGAUGUGGCUUCGCAUGGUGUCAAGUGAGCCUUACCGUGACGGACUCGCCGAAACCCUGCUGGCAGACAUGUGCUCAGUCAUCCACGUCGGAGACGCAAAGACUACUAACUUUUUUAUCAGCACUCUCCUGACCCACGUUCUGACGUAUCAUCUGGGAUGGGUCACUACCGUCAGUCCGUACGACUCUGUAGAUUUAUCAAAAGUACCAACAGAGAAAGACCAGCGUAAACCGUAUAAUGCACUGUGGGCCCAGUUGGCAGAUUUAUGUGGCAGCAUUGGAAAUCCGACGCGAACAGCCAAGACCAUCAUAUGUGGAUCUAACAACACGCUGUUCGUGAAGAGACUGCUGACAGUGUUAACGUAUUUUGUGCGAUGUGGUGAUGUCAAGAGGAACAAUUUUAUUUAUGAGGACUGCUUGCAAAAUGAAGUUGUUUGUGUUAAACAAAGUGAAAAUAAAAGUGUUGAAACUGUGUCUAGCUCAGAAAGUACAAUCAAAAGCAAAUCAACUGUAAAUUUAAGUGUUGAUGAGAACAACGUAAGUGAUGCCUUUAUGGAUAGGUUAAACGUUCCAUCCGUUGUUAAAGUAUCAAGUAGUCCAAUUAGUAGAAUUAGUGGUGAAGCAAAAGGGCUGGGUCUCAAAAAAACAAGUACAGUCACAAACCUUGACCAAACGCUCUCUAAAACUAAUUUUUCAGUUGACUCUAAUGAAGGUGUUAGCAAAUUGAGAAGAAUCCCAUCAAAAAUGUUCUCUGUGAAGGAUUUCGUUGAUUCAAAUGACGAAUUAUCUGCAUCAGAAUCGGAACUGGAGAAUAAAGUCGUCUUUACACUCGGUGAUGAUGAUAAGCUAGUGGGAUUAAAGAAUAAAUCGAAUGGUGGCAAAAGUGUUAAGAAGUCAUCGAAAGUGCAGCAAACUGAUAUAAAACCUCCAGAGAAUGAGCUUGUAAAGUCAGAUUGUGAUAAUUGCAAUAAAGAAGAUUCAAACGUGAGCCCAACUAAAUGCUGUAGUCAAACACUUCAACAUUCCAAACCCAUUAAACAUUCCGGUUUUAAAUUCGAGUUCGAUAAGUAUCCGCAGAUAGUAACAAAUUACAUGAAGAGUAAGAAUUUAGAAAUAUUAGAUAGGCAUUACCUAGGCAAGCCGGGUAACCUUAAGUUAGAUAAUUUUCAAUUUGAUCCCACUGUCGUGCCACCGAUACAAGAGGAGAGAUGCGAGACUUGUUAUAAAUGCCAAAUGAUGGACCUUAUGUUGCAAACGCCGACGAACGCUUCAGAAAUGGAAUACAUGAAUGAUAUGCCGCGGCAAGUAGAGCCCCAGUACGCAAAGGAGAGUAUAGUCGAGGAGCCGCAGAAACAUCGAGAACUUUCUCCGAAGACAUUUGUUAGAAAAAGAAAAGAUAACACAGUUGUUGUCAAUGUGAAGAAGAAAGCCGAUAGCAAAGCUGAAAAUCGUAACACUGAUGGAUUAGAUAAAUGUGAAGUGAAAAAAGUUAUCGAGUUGCCAUUUCCGAAGAUAUCGCUGACGCCCAUGUUGCAAGAGAAGGCUGGAUAUGAUUCGUCAUUGAUAGGCGGGAUCUCGGAUCACUAUGUACCUGAUUUAAUUUUACAAGGGACCUUGUUAAGUCCAAAGUAUUGGGAGGCUGACUUGAGAAGAGAUUUAGACUUAACUUCGUAUCUGAACAAAACAUUGGAUUCGCCAACGCAAGCGGUCGCCAUAGUCGGUGAUGUUAGUAACUGGCAGGUCCGGAUUGUAGGUCGUGAUUGCGGUACCGGAGGCUUGUCGCCGCGCAUCGGCGGAAUGCUUGACGCUUUGCCCGCGAUGAGAUCCGCUAAAGUGCCAGCACACGAGUGCUUUUUAUUCCUGGAGAGUAAACUCCGGGAGCUGUGCGUGCUGUCGAUGACCUUGGCGGAGCUGCUGAUGUCGGGAGAGUUGUACGACAUGGCCUCGCUCACGGCCUCGCUCCAGGUCGACGUCAACGACGUGCCACUGUUGCUAGCCGUGGCCAGCACGCACACUCCGCAACUGGCAGCCAGAUACGGCGUCACGUACACGUAGUGGAGUGCGAGAUAAUCGAUACGCCAUGCCCAUUACAAUUUUUUUUUUAUGAUAAUAAGGGACGAAACGAGCAGAACGUUCAGCUGAUGGUAAUUGAUACGCCCUGCCCAUUAAAAUGCAGUGCCGCUCAGGAUUUUUGAAAAACUCAAAAAUUCUGAGCGGCACCACAAUUGCGCUCGUCACCUUGAGACAUAAGAUGUUAAGUCUCAUUUGCCCAGUAAUAUCACUAGCUACGACGCCCUUCAGACCGAAUCACAGUAAUGCUUACACAUUACUGCUUCACGGCAGAAAUAGGCGCCGUUGUGGUACCCAUAAUCUAAGCGGCAUCCGUUGCAAAGGAGCCUCCCACUGGUAAAAUACAAAACCAAUCAGGAUUCUAGAAAACCCAAAAACUCUGAGCGGCACAACAAUUAGACGUAGUUCCUGAAAAGCGUUCCAAGCCACAAACAUCACAUUUUAAGGAAUCCGUGUUUAAAGUUUUAUCAAUAUUAGUGUAUUCCAUGCAUGUGGGUUGGGCUACUAAGUCAUGAUGUCGUUUAAAGUGUGACAGUAGGGCUGCCAUUUUGUGUCAGUCCGUUAAUAUGAAUCACGUAUCCAGUUUUGUGUUUUUAACUCAAUUUCGACAUGAUUGUGGUUUAGAGCGUUUUUCUGGAAUUGCGUCCAAUUACGCUCGUCUCCUUGAGACAUAAGAUGUCAAGUCUCAUUUGCCCAGUAAUUUCAUUAGCUACGGCGUUCUCAUCCCAAAACACAAUAAUGCUUACACAUUACUGUUUCACGGCCAAAAAAGGCGCCGUUGUGGCAUCCUGUGCAGAGUAAGAGAAAUUAAAGCUAUUUUAGUAUUAUAGACAUACAACCAAAUAAGUCAUAAAUUAUCACUUUCAAACUAUUAUAUUAUUCUUUACGUCACUUUACUGAUACUUUGAAAAAAAAAAGAAAACAACAUGGCGCGUAACCGAAAAUCGUGACCACAUUGUUAUAAAAUUUCUCUCAUAUGUCAAUAAACAAGUUUCACUUCAGUUACGACAACACUAAUACGUAGAUUACGGCAACUUUUAUACUUAAAUGACGGCAGCACGGAAAUUGAUUUGGUUUUCAUACAAAUUUUGUUACAUAAUCUGUGAUUUUCUUAAAAUAUUUAUUAUAAUAUAAUAGAAUAUGUAUUAAACGGAAUUAAAUGCUACCACAUGUUAUUAUCUAUAUAGCUUUGAGCAUUUAACUGACUGAAAAAGGUAUUGAAUGCGUUUCAAUGCCGUCUUCAGUUUUUGUUAUUUUUUUAUGAUGAUGUCAAGUUGACACUGACAACUACAAAAACGUUCUUUACAAUGUAUUUAGAAUUUAAAGACCUUUUCUCUUUGUAAAUUCCAUGUCAUUGUCAAACACCAUUAGCUAUUAUUCGUUCAGUUCGUGUAGUGUCUUCUAUUGGUUAAUUACUUUAAAUAUGUGGUCAUUCUGUGUAAUAUAAUUAUUGUUAACUCACGGAGUUGUAUGUUUGGCUAUUACAGUUCAUCAUUGUUAAAUAAUUGGGGCGUUCUACGGUGAAGCGGUUUGGUAAAAUAAAUGUUGAUGUUUCCGAUACUAGUUAAAUUCGAUUAAUCGUAUUAUCAUAUAGUAUUUAUUUUUUAUUUUAUUAUUAUAUUUAAGAAACAAAAUUUUAAUCACCCCUACGUGGUCGCUUGAGACGACACGAAGUAGGUGUCAGUGCUUACGCUAGCACGCGGCUACGAGAUUUCUUACAGGAUGUUUCGAAAUGAUGUUAUGGAACAUUUAUUUAUUUAAGUGAAUUAUGUAUUUUUUUUUAUCAUUACGGUUAAGUAGUUCUAUCCUUGUGUUAUCCUGUAUAUGUCCCCGGCCCAGUUACACAAGACUACCUUAGCUAAGUAUGCACAUCUUCAAACCCAAGUAUUAAGUGCCAAAUUACAUAAUCGAAUAUAAAUCAAAUUGCAAACAUCUUUUACCCGCCCUCCCGAAUGCCCCAAUUGUCAAAGGAUGGUUAUGUUAAAUAUUUACCGUAUAUUUAUUUAAAUGUUAUUUAUAUAUCAUUUUCAAAUUCUAUUUAAAAUAAAAAAAAAACUAAUAUUCCAAUUCAAUUCAAUAAUCUUAUUAUGAUGUCUAUAAUCUAUAAAGUCAGCCAUCUAAAUGCACCAGUUAAAAGAGAUGUAGGUAUUACGAUUAAAAAAAAAACAAUGCCAUUCUAUUUACAUCAAAUAAUGGAAAUUAAAUUUCGAAAUUGAAAAUAAAUUUUAUUGAAAUAUUUGAAUUAAGUUGUGCUACGCAAAUAUUUGAAUGAAAUUGUGUGUAAAGAUAUCAUUUCAAACGCACCUUUUCUUAGGACAUAUAUUAUAAUAGGAUGUCUCAUACACAUGUCUAGUAUGCGUGCUUAAACUCGUGUAUUCAUUCUACAUAUGUCAUAUGUCAUCGUUAAAACUGGAAUGGCUCAAAAAUAGCCUGUGUUGUUUACUAAAUAUUAUUACCUAUACCACCGUUAGUAGUUUUGGCUAUUUCAGAAAAUCACUGAUUAUUUGGCAAUUUAUAUCUAGUUUCUUAGGUAAUUUAUACGCCAAGAUACUGUGCCAGCUGUUAACAAGUUGAAAAAAAUAGCGGCGAACUGUAAGCUUCUAUUUUACGCAGCAAACGCACGCACACUGAAACAAAGUGAAUGACCACAUACACUGACCUUUAUAAAUACAACUGGACAGGUUGUUCCAUAUGUUUGACAGCAAAUUUUUUGUGCCUAUUUGAAGCGCCACUUGCGAGCGCCCAGAGAACUAAUUUUGACGUAUAAUACAAAUGGCUGCGAAGGAACGAACAGUACUAUGAAGUAUUUUUGCGUUUUGAAUUAAUUUCGUUCAUUAUCCAUGUUAUUUAUACUUCAAUAAAUAACGUAAUAAAGUACACAUUUUUUUAAUAAUAGUUUUCCACCAUUUAUCGAUGUUUGCCGAGGUUUUCAUCACUAGUUUUAGUACCGCAGACUCUCGCUACAUGGCCAACAGCGCCAAAAUGGCGAAUAUCAAGCAGGCACAAAAGGACUUUGACAGCCGCCAGUCCAGUGGUAUAUAGUAGAGGUCAGUGACCACAUAACUGUCAUGCACACUAAAGUAAUAAACCUGGCCCGUUGUCAUGCGUUGCCUAACAGCAAGAGAUUCUAUCUAUUAAAUUAUCUAAGGCAAAUUUAGUAAAAGAGGUUUUUUUCUGUUACCUAACUUAAAGCCCAAUUUGUAAGUAUUAUCGAUAUUAAAUUAUAAAAGGCGUGUAAAUACUCUUACAGUGUACCUAGCUUUAAGCGAACCGAUAUGUAUAACGUAUCUAAUUGUGAUUUAACUUUUUUUAUACUUAGUUGAAGAUUAAAUUAUUAUUUUUUUCGUAUUA